UCCUCUCUUUUACUCAGCGCGUCCGCCUGCCUCACAACCCGACACCGCUGCCGCUGCCUUUCAUUCCAUUCACCGUUCUUCCCGCUCUCACCCGCCGGUACUCGCAUUCAUCACCAAGCCUGGUUCUUGAUCCGCCAGUGGCUGGUAGCUGGUGCUCUGCCAAAAUACGAACGGACCCUAGGAAACUGGAACCCUCGACAAGUCCGAUAGCGAGCCAUUGACAAGCCGUUACCCUCCCCCCGGGACACAACCAUUCUUCCCUGUCACAACUGUUUUACAGUGCGGGGAGGAUUCCAGGGCUGUCGCUACACUCGGUCAUCUUACCCCACGAGUCCUGUUACACCCUGGACGCGAUGCUCAAGAAGAGGACUUUACAUCCUCCCAUUCUCUUCCGGCAUCACACUCCCACCACGACGCCUGAACUCUCGCCGACGACCUCUUCAUCGGAUAGCGAGUCGGACGAGGACAUGGACUCCCCCCGUCCGCGUCCGCUAAGUCUGACUGUACCCCCUGGCGCAUUUUGUCCCAUGCGUCCCUCUUUAGAUGAGGUGCUUGCGAACACUGCCCCUGCACCCUACACCCUCAGUGCCUUCAUGGCCUAUCUUUCCCAGAAUCAUUGCUUGGAGACUCUCGAAUUCACCCUGGAGGCGAAGCGGUACCGCGAAACCUACAACGCUCUUAGUCGCCAAUUGAAUCAAUCUCCCAUUGCCAGUGAAUGUCCCGAAAGCCAGCACCUGCGCAUGCUCUGGCAACGACUGUUGACAGCCUACAUCAUCCCUGGUUCUCCGCGUGAGAUCAACGUCUCCAGCGAAGUCCGGGAAGAUAUUCUUCGAUAUGCGAACCAAACUCCCCCGCCACCCCCCGAAAUCCUGGACCUUGCCGUGAAACUCGUUCAUGACCUGAUGGAAGAGUCGAUCUUCAUCCCAUUCCUGAACGCUCACGCCGCUGCUGCUCACGUCUUCCCCCUAUCCGAGCCACUCUUCCCGCACGAGGAUGUCACUGUCGUUUCCAAUGCAAGUCUCGACGAUCACACGGUUAAGCGGGUUCGUUCGAAGGGUCGCCGCUUAUCGCCCCGUUCCUCCAAGGAAUUAGGCUCCCCGGUCUCCGUCGGGUCCCCGAUUGGCCACCCCACCCGGUCGAACUUCUCGUUGAGUGCGAUGACUUCAUCCUUGAGCAAGGCGGGUCAUCGCACAUCAAGUCAUGUCACUAGUGCUAGCGGGGAGUCGGCAUCGGGCAGCGCUUUAACGGAUGAUUCAGGAAGCGUGCAGUCGAAUGUUAGUGCAGGUGAACCGAUGACACCACCGACGACUCCACCCUCGAGUGAACCCAAUAGUAUGCAACUCGGUCACAGCCCGAAGCGGUCCGACAACCCUUGGAAGAAGAUGGGAAUGAAGCUGGGUUUCAAGAAGCGCUCUGGGAACAGUGGUUCCGGCAGCCAUCACUUCAAACUAUCCGGCAUGGACGAAUGACUGGCCGUCCGAGCCCCGCAAACUAGGCCUGCCCUACACCGAAAGCCGGGAACUUUCUGGCAGACAGUGAAGCUUUGCUGCUGUCCCCUUUGCGGAUCACAGCCUUUACUCCACCCAUGAUUAACCACCCUGGAGGUGUACCACGAAACGGCUACCGUGUUUCCACGUCCUCUCCCUUCGGUAGACCUGACGCAUCCGAGCUCAUCCCUCACACGUUUACAUUGUGUCUACGACUGGUCUCUCGAUUCCUUCAGCGAGCAAUUUAAUUCAGAUAUGACCACGAGGGGAUGGCCAUG